UGAAGCAAUCCCACUGAAAAUCGACAUGACAACGGUGGAAUAACCUUGUUUCAAAUUUCAAAGAAUCAAAACAAUAAAAUAAUUUGUUUACUUCCUACCAAGAGUACGCCGGUGGUUAGUUAUCUUGCAAAUAACAAUUUUUAUCUCUAAAACAUUACAUAAAAACGUUCCUGAAAUGAGUAAAAGGAAAAAAGUCAAGCUCGAAUACAAAGAAAUAGAAGAAAAGCUCGGCUGCGCCGACGAAGAAAACAAUUCUACCGAUAAUACGGAAAAAGUCCGAAUUCAACAACCAGAGAAGAAACUCAACCCUAGCACUUCAAAAAUUGGGAAAAAAGAAGCCAAAAAGGAGGAAACCGGUAAAGAGGACGAUGAUGUAGAUUCAGAACUAGACGAUCCUGUAAUAAAAGACUUAUUUUCUGGCUUGGAAGGUGCUGCUUUCCAGAGUCGAAUGCCUUUCGACAAAUUGACCUCAACGGAAGCAGCUUGUUUUCCUGAUAUUGCUAAUGCUGCUCUACAAACCAUCAAAGUAUAUCUGAAUAUACGAAAUCGUAUUCUGCAAAUGUGGUUGGAAAAUCCCAAAUUGCAACUCAUUUUGGAACAUGCAAUUGAUCGAAUGGAAGCUCCUUACAAUAGUGAUAUCCCUCUGUUGAAGAGGGUACAUGCAUUUUUGGAAAGAAAUGGAUUCAUCAACUAUGGUAUUUUCAAAAGGCUCAAGCCAAUACCUGCGAAAAAAUAUGGAAAAGUGAUUGUAAUUGGCGCUGGAAUCGCCGGAUUAGCUGCUGCACAGCAAUUGCAACAGUUUGGAUUGGAAGUUAUUGUUCUUGAGGCUAGAGACAGGGUUGGGGGCCGUAUUGCUACUUUCAGAAAAGGAAAUUACAUUGCCGAUCUGGGAGCAAUGGUAGUUACAGGACUUGGAGGAAAUCCAGUGACCACUCUGAGCAAACAAAUUGAUAUGGAAUUACAUCGUAUCCGGCAAAAGUGUCCUUUAUAUCAGUCCAAUGGUGUCACAGUAGACAAAGAUAAAGACGAAAUGGUGGAAAGAGAAUUCAAUAGACUUCUUGAGGCAACGUCCUAUUUGUCUCAUCAGCUUGAUUUUAAUUAUGCCGGAAAUAAGCCUGUCAGCUUGGGACAAGCUUUGGAAUGGGUCAUCAAACUACAGGAAAAACAUGUCAAAGAGAAACAGAUAGAACACCUCAAAUCAGUGAUUGCUCUUCAAGAAAAAUUGAAAACCAAUCAGUCAAUGUUGGUAAACAUCAAAGAGAAGAUGAAAGAAAUAAAUGCUACGGUGAAGGAAAUGCUCGCCAUUGAAAAACGUAACAUAGAGGAGGAGUUUGCUUAUCGAAGUGGUGUAAAAGAUUUGAGAGACUUGGCCAACGAGUGGGACCAGUUACAAGAACAAGCCAAGGAGAUUGAAGAUAAGCUGGAAGAACUGGAGAAAUCGAAACCAAGUGAUGUGUAUUUGUCUUCAAAAGAUCGUCAAAUUUUGGAUUGGCACUUUGCAAAUUUGGAAUUCGCGAAUGCAACACCACUGUCAAAUUUGUCGCUGAAGCAUUGGGACCAGGACGACGAUUUUGAGUUCACUGGGAAUCAUUUAACAGGUAAGUUGCAGCUCUGGAUAUAGGUAUUGAAACAUUUA